AUGACUACUUCUCGAACCCCUCGAAGGGUUCGUUCUCAAUGGCCUCCGGCGCCCUGCGUCGAAGAAGAGCCGCAGUCACUUUCCAGGGAGCUGAACGGUCUUUCCAAAAUCGGAGAUAAACCAGGGACCGAGGGUGUUCAUGCCAAGGGUGCUGUCGACCAAUACCCAAUAAUAGUGUCUGUCAACUCGUCGCCUCCGCCAUCGACCUCCCCCGGCAGUACUCCCAGCAUGCCUAGCCUUGGGCAUGUAUCCUCGGAUGACAGCUCAGGGCCAACGACCCCGCCUCUCCAGCAACCGGUCAUCCGAAACACAGUCAGGUUUGAGGAUGAAGAACCACCAAAGCACAUGCCGCAACGUGCUGCGAGCCAACAACGAGGCCCACCUCGGUCUCAGGCUCAGCAACCCAAGCGCGAGCCCAGUGUUCAGGGGAACUCUCGCCCGCCCUCUCAUCACCGUGAAAGUCGUGCCCGCGAAACCCAUGAAAGCCGCGAUAGCCAUGAUAGCAUCCAGAGCAGACCAACCGUGUCAGCGCGGCAUGCUUCUUCCCAAGCCUCGCGAGGAGCGCCUGUGCCCGAGACAUACCGGCAGUCCAAACCCUCUGUGGGUCGCUCAAACAGUGCUCGUUACGCACCUUCAGUACCGCCACGACCAAUGCCAGAGCGCGAGCGCUUUCGACGCGAGACAGACUCAGGGUAUAUGUCUGAUUCGGCCACGACGCCCAACAGACCAUUGCACCAAUCUCAGGUGCAUGUCCCAACGCCCACAACGCCCAUCAGACCUUUGUAUCAAUAUCAAGCACCUGUCCCGGCACCUGUCCCAGCAUUUGUCCCAACGCCUGUCCCAGCGCUCACACCUGCCAACAGACCAUUGUAUCAAUACCAAGCGCCUGCCCAAGCCCCCAGGCCAUUGUAUCAACCUCAAGCGCCUGUUCCAGCGCCCACGAUGUAUCAAUACCAAGCGCCCGUCCCGGCGCCCAGACCAUUGUAUCAAUCCCAAGCGCCUGUCCCGGCGGCUGUGCCAGCGCCGGCCCCGGCGCCUGCCCCAACACCUGUCGUCCAAGCGCCUGUCCCCACGGCUCCUGUGAUGACACUGCCAAACGGACCGACUCUCGCAGAACGCAUCGAGGAGAAACUCCGGCAGCGACAAGAGCGACAAGAGCAACGAGACCCGGGAUCCAUGUCGGACCCCGAGACACAGCAGCAACCAGCUGCGAAACCUCUCAACCUCAACGUCUCGGCGCUUCGUCCAGUACCCGCUGCAGAACCACACUCGCCUAUCCCGGCCCACGAGCAUGUUCCAAGCCACCGGGCCCAGUCUCAGGACCCAGCCUCGCGUUCUCGCGCACAAUCUGUCACAGUGCCGCCAACGCGGUCAAUGUCUAGUUCCCGCCCUCCUCAACAACGACCAAUGGCUGAGAUGAUUGAGAAGUUCAAGCCUGCCCCGCCCCUAGUCUUAUCUCAGGUCAAAUCCGGCGCAUCGCCCCAGUCUCAACAAGUCAAUCCUUCGGCACAACCCACGACUCGGCGCCCCAGCGUAUCACCUCCGCGCCAAAACUCAGAAAGAUCUUUAGUGCCAGCAGGCACCCGGCACCCAGGCACUUCGCCCCAGCGCCCCGUAAAUCUAGGCCUUUCACCCUGUCCGCGAACCAUUGCAGUGGCCGGCUACAAAGACUGGUACACACUCAAAGAACUGACGCACCUGGACAUCUGCCCGUCCUGCAUGGGCCAACUCGCGAAAACCCGGUACAAAGAGCACUUCAUCCCAAGCGCCCCAAAGCCUGAAAACCAAAAAACGCGCUGCGCCUUCGCCAACGCCUGGACCCGUCUCGCCUGGGCCCAAAUGAUCAAAGAGGAGCACACCACCCUCGAGAUCCUCUACCAAAUGACACGUCCGCCACCAGGCUCCAAGCCCUGCCCCGGCCGCGUCGUCGCCGAACAAACCUGGUACAGAAUCUACGACCCAGAAACCAAAUCCGACCUUCCGCGCUUCCACAUCUGCGGCAGCUGCGCUCGCAACGUGCGCAUUCUCAUGCCCGCACAUAAAGAAACUUUCACGCGCGCCCCAGAACCAAAAGAAAGAGUCUGCGACUUCGUGACCUCCUCCCCGCGCUUCGUCAAAUUCAUCGACCUACUUGACGCCGCCGCAUCGCGCGCCAAAGAAGAACGUACGCGCCGUCCCGACCUGCGCGAGUUCCUCAGUUACGCGCGGCGCAAGGUCGUCCUCCGCGAUUGUCGGCGCGACCGGCCCGCGCUGAGCACGUGGCAUUAUAUACCUAGUUUGCCGGAGAUGUGUAUCUGCGAGGACUGCUACGAUGAGGUUGUUUGGCCGCUGGUGAAACAGAAUUAUUCGCUUGCGCGGAAGGUGACGCGGGAUCUGCGCAUUUUGCCGGGUGAUGGGCCUGGCAGGACUAGGGAGGCUAGCUGUCAGCUUUAUUCGCCGAGGAUGAGAGCGAAGUUCCGGGAGGCUGUGGAACGGGGGGAUCUGGAGGGAUUGACGACUGCUACGAUUAGAAGGGUUGAAGCCGAGAGGAGGUUUUUGGAUCGGAAGGAGGAGUUGCUUGAGUCACAGGAGAAGGGGUAUGAGUGUGAUGAGGAGAUGAGGAAGGCUGUUGAUGAGUGGAGGAGGUGGGAGUAG